GGAUGCUGAUCCUUUGGUUUCAAAAACUGCAUGUGCGCAUCUGCCCUCAGCUGGCUCAUUUGAGUCGAGCAACCUCAGGGAUGAAAGCCCUUCCAAUUGGAGAUUUUCAUAAUGCGGGCUACCGUCUUGCGAACAGGAUGGACACCCAUGUUUCCAAGGCUACAAUAAGCUCAGCAAGACGCACUCGAGGAGACCAAUUCUUCGCGGUCUCUAGUGUCUAGCUGGAGAGACUAAGAGCUACAGUCGUCAUGGAGGAAUUCCCAAACCGUGGGCCUACGACCAUUGCUGUCUGCAUCAUUACCACGGUUCUCAGUAUCGUCUUUGGGGUCUGGAGACUCAUUGUCCGAUGGAGAACCAACCGCAAAUUCGCUUGGAGCGACUACUGGAUUAUGGUGGCUCUGCCGCUGGCCACGGUGGGACACAUGCUGGCGCUUCUUGGUGCAGUGGACGGCGAGGGCCGGCUUGACAGAGACCCGUUCCUCAACCCAGACCAAGUGGCUCUAGCGAAAAAAUGGAUGUUCUUUCACAGGUGCUUUAACCUGUACGCCAUGCUCUUCGCCAAACUUUCCAUCUGCUGCUACGUCCUGACUCUGAACUUUUCGAAAACAUACCGAAUUACCAUAUGGAUCUCCAUGGGCAUCAUCAUUGUUAACCUGGGAUUGCUACCAGGUGUCGGCCACUGGGCACAGUGCCAUCCUUUACACAUGCGCUGGGAUUCGCGGGUCAAGGGCGGGAAAUGCUUCGGCGGAAAUCAGUUCAAGUUCGCCCUGGGGUAUAUACAGACUGUCACCAACGUCGUGACGGACGUGCUGUAUGCUGCGGCGCCUAUCCUAUACCUUCGGAGGGUGCAGCUCAGCAGGUAUACGCGUGUAGGCGUUCAGGGCGUGUUCCUCUGCUCACUGCUCGGUACCGGAGUUUCAGUCGGAAAGCUCAUAGAGUUCCGCAGAAGCUACGGCAAUAAAGACGAGCUCUACAAGGCCUCCACAUCCACGAUGCUCAACGUGGCGGAAAACUCAAUCGCGAUCAUUGUCGCUUGCCUUCCGCCACUCCGUCGUACGUUCGAUGACCUUUUCAAAGCAAUCCUUCCCGAGAGCUUCUUGACGAAGAUGGGUGCAACCCACACUCGCUCCCGUACCCACGAACUGCCACAGUACUACAACAAGAGCCGGACGAAGCAGGUAGGGGAAGACGCAGAAGAUGACGAGAGCGAGCGGGCUAUUCUGCCUACAGAAGAGUACAUCGAGGACGGUCGUGGCAAGAUUAUACGGACCACGAAGGUCGUAAUCACAAAUGAGGCGAAUAAUUUCAGUUUGAACGGCAAAGGCGUUCAAUGAGCCUCCAUUCCGUCGGCAAUCCGAGGCCAAACAGUUCCUCAAAAUACGCCGCGCUUCUUCGCUUCCUGCAUU